AUCGAACCGCUGCCAGUCUGGAUGUCAAAUUCCUGUCAAAAUGAUAUGAUCUCAAGAUAAGCCUCAUUUUCGUUGGAUUUCUCCUAGAUGUCUCAAAAUUCCUGCACCAAAUCGGACACUUCCAGCCUCGGCUCGUUCAUACCGAGUAAAACAUGCGUGAAAAAGAAGAAAAAGAGGAGGAGAAAAGGCAAAAUCACGAAGAAUCCGUUCUUCAAUUUCUUGCGAAUGUUCAGGAGCAGGCAUAGCGACUGGACGGUUCCCAAGAUCGCUGUGGAAGGCGCCAAAUGCUGGUGUGCCAUGACGGAGGCUGAAAAGAAACGAUUUUAUAAGCAAGCUCACAGGGCUUUCCUGCGGAGCAUGAGGAGAGCCUCUGGUGGGAGGAAUAAUCGUGGUAGAAGGUGUUCCAGUGUGGGGAAGAAGAGAAGAACUAGACGAGCGAACAGUUGCCCGAAUAGGCGUAGGAGUAAACAUAUAGCCGUGAAGAAAUCGAAUUCUAGUUGCUGAUUUUUUUUGUAUUUAUCCGUCCGUGGUCAGUUUAAUCCGUGUUCUGUCGUUUAGAUUAAGGAAGCCUCAGAAAGAUCAAGAAAUAAAUAUACUUAGUUCUA